CGAGGAGGAAUGAGAAACGCAUGGUUUACGCUAGGUGAUAUGAUGUGUCAAGGGGGGAUCUCGAAUAAUAGCUCUGAUACUGCCAGUACGAAGACGGCUUGCUUUUAUGUCCUAGAAAACGAUGCGAGGUACUCAGCUGCCAGCAGUUCCAUCAUCAGAAUGAUUUCGCAUGUCGAACUUCAGGGAAAAAGUAUAGGCGGAACCACAGUAAGGUCGGCGGAUAAACUAUCCAGAACAUGUGAACUUGUAGGUAAUGUCGAUCCAUGUUAAUCAUGGUUGAAUGUGCCCUCGAAAUGUCAAACAUUCACCCCAUUCAUCUUCUGUCUGCGUCUUGGGGUGAGCCAUGGCCAUAGCGGUUUGCUUUGUAGUGACCAAGCCGCUGCUUGCCCACGACAGCACUGAAUCUGGCAGGCAGAUUCACCGAAAGACUGGCAUAUGGCCGCACUGCAACAACCUUGUGCCAAGUACAAAGUAUUGCCCAAUCCGAUCCGAACCGGCAGGUGUUCAGUGUUCACCGCGGAAAAGAGACCAGACUGGACUUUUAGGACAGGAAAGGGAUUCUCACAACAUGGAAUCAUACAAAGAACACGAUACGUAUGGCGUCCUCAACACUAGUCCCUUCUUCAAUCUCAGCGAUCCGAUGUCGGGCUGAAUACGCCGGUUUUUUCAUGUAAAGUAAAAACGGACGUAAAUCGAGUAAACUGACGAGUGCCUUUCAUAUUCAAUGCCACAGAAUUC